AAUCAAAGAGGUCCCAGAGCUGCUGAACGAAGUCCUUUUGACAUAUUUGAAGACAGGCUUCAGAAUUGGGAUUUCUUUUGUCCUUGUAUAAGAAACCGUUUCGAACCCUCACCUGAAUUAAAUGAAGAUCCGAGGUUACUAGUAGCCUUAGUGCCGCCGUUCACAAAUAGAGUGAAAGUAACCUUUAAUUCUCCCUCACAAUUCGGACAACUAGCAUUACCCUACACCAUGGCAUGCUACGCAAAUGCCAAAUUUUGUCCCGAAG